CCCUGCAUCCGAGAGCUACCAUGAAUCACUUCCAGACCAUCCUGAGUCAGGUCCGGAUGCUGCUCUCCAGCCAUCGGCCGAGCCAAGUGCAGGUGCUUCUGGACAACCUGCUGGCAGAGGAUCUUCUCUCCAGGGAGUACCACUACGCCCUGCUCCAUGAGCCUGACGGUGAGGCUCUGGCCAGGAAGAUCUCCUUGACCCUGAUGGAGAAAGGAGACCCAGACUUGGCCCCCUUGGGGUGGAUCUGGAGUGGGCUGCAGGCCCCGGCAGCCGAGAGGGACUCCGGCUACAAGGACCCUGGGGGCAGUGGACAGCACACAACCAUGGAGUUGGGGCCUCUAGAAGGUGGGUACCUGGAGCUUCUCAACAGCAAUGCUGACCCUUUGCAUCUCUACCACCUCUAUGACCGGAUGGACCUGGCUGGAGAAGAAGAGCUAGAGCUCUGCUCAGAACCUGAUACGGACACCAUCAACUGCGAACAGUUCAGCAGGCUGUUGUGUGAUAUGGAAGGUGAUGAAGAGACCAGGGAGGCUUAUGCCAAUAUCGCGGAACUGGACCAGUAUGUCUUCCAGGAUUCCCAGCUGGAGGGCCUGAGCAAAGACAUUUUCAUCGAGCACAUAGGACUGGAAGAAAUGAUCAGCGAGAGUGUGGAGGUGCUGGAGGAAGCAGGACAGAAAAGUCAGAAAAGACCCUUCCCAGAGGAGCUGCCUGUGGAUCUGAAGCACAGGAAGCUAGCUGAGCCCCUAGCCAUGCCCGUGGUGACUGGUGCUUUCCUGGUGGGGCUAGUGAGUGACUCUUCAGCUCAGCCCUGCCCGUCACCACCUGCUCUGUUCAACAAGGAGCCAGCAUCCAGCCAGACCCAGCUGAAGGACACCGUGCCCCCUUCCAGUUCCUUGUUGAGCUGCCUGAGUCUCCCUGCUGGACCCAUCCAGAUCAUCCCCACUCUCUCCACUCUGCCCCAGGGGCUCUGGCAAAUCUCAGGGGCUGGGACAGGGGUCUCCAGUAUACUCAUCUACCAAGGUGAGAUGCCCCAGGCCAGCCAAACACCCGCCUCCAGCAGCACAGCUGUCCACAGCCUCCCGAAGUCCCCAGACCGGCCCGGCUCCACCAGCCCCUUUGCCCCAUCGGCAGCUGACCUCCCCAGCAUGCCUGAACCAGCCCUGACCUCCCGUACAAACCUAACAGAGGAUGAGAUGUCCACCACCCAAUGCCCAGCAGCUCACGAGGCAUCCAGCAAGCUUCCCAAGUGGCCUGAGAGUGUGGAACAAUUCUACUGCUCGCUACGGAACAAGUACCAGGCUAAGCCCGCAGGCCCGGAAGGCAUCCUGGUGGAGGUGGACCUGGUGAGGGUAAGGCUGGAGAGGAGCGGCGGCAAAAGCCAGGACAGAGAGCUGACCACCCUGGACUGGGCAGAGCGGCAGCCGGCCCGAGGAAGUCUGGGCGAGGUGCUGCUGGCCUCUAGCAACCACCGGCGGCCACGUGAGACGCAGGUGAUCGCCGUGCUGGGCAAAGCAGGACAGGGGAAGAGUCACUGGGUCCAGGCCGUGAGCUGGGCCUGGGCCUGCGGCCAGCUGCCACAGUACGACUUUAUCUUCUGCAUCCCCUGCCACUGUUUGGACCGUCCGGGGGACACCUACCGCCUGCAGGAUCUGCUCUUCUCCCUGGGUUCACAGCCACUGUCAGUGGACGACGAGGUCUUCAGUUACAUCUUGAGGAGGCCCGACCGCAUUCUGCUCAUCCUGGAUGCCUUCGAGGAGCUCGAAGCCCAAGACGGCUUCCUGCACAGCACGGGCGGACCCAUUUCAGCAGAAGCCCGCUCCCUCCGGGGGCUGCUGGCAGGCCUCUUCCAGCGCAAGCUGCUGAGCGGCUGCACCCUGCUGCUUGCAGCCCGGCCCCGGGGCCGCCUGGCCCAGAGCCUGAGCAAGGCCGACGCUCUGUUCGAAGUGGCCGGCUUCUCCGCCCAGCAGGCCGAGACCUAUGUGAUGCGCUACUUUGAGUGUUCGGGGACCACCGAGCACCAAAAGAGAGCCCUGGCGCUCCUCCAGUCCCAGCCAUUUCUCCUGAGUCACAGCCAUAGCCCCACUGUGUGCCGGGCCGUGUGCCAGCUCUUGGAGGCCCUCCUGGAGCUAGGUGAUGAGGCCCAGCUGCCUUCCACGCUCACGGGCCUCUAUGUUGGCUUACUAGGCCCAGGAGCCCGUGACAGCCCCCCAGGGGCCCUGGUGGGACUGGCCAGGCUGGCCUGGGAGCUGGGCCGCGGUCACCAGAGCAGCCUGCGGGAGGGCCAGUUCCCAUCGGCCGAGGUGAGGGUCUGGGCUGUGGCCCAAGGCUUGGUGCAGCCCACCCCGGGGGCCCCGGAGACCAAGCUGGCCUUCUCCAGCUUCCUCCUGCAAUGCUUCCUGGGGGCCGUGUGGUUGGCUCUGAGCAGCGAAAUCAAGGACAAGGAGCUGCCGCAGUAUUUGGCAUUGACCCCGAGGAAGAAGAGGCCCUAUGACAACUGGCUGGAGGGCGUGCCGCGCUUUCUGGUCGGGCUGGUCUUCCAGCCUCGUGCCUGCUGCCUGGGAGCCCUGGCAGGGCUGGCGGGCUCCACCGCAGCGGACAGGAAGCAGAAGGUGCUCACCAGGUACCUGAAGCGGCUGCAGCCUGGGACGCUGAAGGCGGGGCGGCUGCUGGAGCUGCUGCACUGCGCCCACGAGGCGCUGGAUGCUGGGCUUUGGCAGCAUGUGCUGCAGGGGCUCCCGGCCCACCUCUCGUUCCUGGGCACCCGGCUCACACCUCCCGACACCCACGUGCUGGGCAGCGCCUUGGAGGCGGCGGGCCGAGACUUCUCCCUGGACCUCCGCAGCACUGGCGUUGACCCCUCUGGGCUGGGGAGCCUCGUGGGACUCAGCUGUGUCACCCAUUUCAGGGCUGCCUUGAGUGACACAGUGGAGCUGUGGGAGUCCCUACAGCAGCAUGGGGAGGCCAAGUUACUCCGAGCAGUGAAGGAGAAGUUCACCAUUGAGCCUUUCAAGGCUGAAUCCAUGAAGGAUGUGGAAGACCUGGGCAACCUCGUGCAGAUCCAGAGGACAAGAAGUUCCUCUGAAGACACGCCUGGGGAACUCCCUGCCAUCCGAGACUUAAAGAAGCUGGAGUUUGCGCUGGGCCCCAUCUUGGGCCCUCAGGCUUUUCCCAAACUGGUGAAGAUCCUUGAGGCCUUUUCUUCCCUUCAGCAUCUGGACCUGGACUCGCUGAGUGAGAACAAGAUCGGGGAUGAGGGUGUUGCCCAGCUCUCGGCCAUCUUCCCUCAGCUGAAGGCCCUGGAGACGCUCAAUUUGUCCCAGAACAAUAUCACUGACUUGGGUGCCUGCAAGCUGGCGGAGGCCCUGCCCUUGCUGGCUGCGUCCCUCCUCAGGCUGAGCUUGUACAAUAACUGCAUCUGCGAUGUGGGAGCUGAGAGCCUGGCACACGUGCUUCCAGACAUGGUGUCCCUCCGGGUGCUGGAUGUCCAGUACAACAAGUUCACAGCUGCCGGGGCCCAGCAGCUCACUGCCAGCCUGAGAAAGUGCCCUCACGUGGAGAAGCUGGCGAUGUGGACGCCCACCAUCCCUUUUGGCGUCCAGGAACACCUGCAGCAGCUGGACUCAAGGAUCAUCCUGAGAUGAUCCAGGCUGUGCCUGGGACAAGGUAACUGAGCAUGUUCUCCGAGGACACUGACCAUGCUGGACCCUGACCUGGUUAUUUGUGGACACAGCUCUUCUUGGGCUGUUUCCCGUGAGCCUCGGCGUCCUGGUGCCCAGCCCUGGUGGCUCAGAGUCGGCCCCUGCCCAGCUGUGGAAAGGACCCAUGGCCUGUUCUGUGAACAGACCCAGGCCCGGCCCUAGGCUCCUUCGGAGAGCAGGCUGAUGUCAGCCCUGCUCAGCCACUGCAGCCCUGGCAGAUGGGCCAGUGCCUGGUGGCAGCUGCUGGGCACCCAAGAGCCCUGAGGCAUUCCCUGCAGGACACUGCAGACAGCUGUGGCCAGGCCAGAGAGAGGGAUGAAGCGGCCACAUCCCCACCUGCCCAGGUCCCUGCCAGCCUGGGGAGAAAGCACUGCUCCACGCUGCUCUCCUAAAGGGCAAGAUCUGAGGAUACCAGCGACCAUCCCCUGCCUGCUGACUUCCCAAACCAUGACCGGCUGGGAUUCUACAGCAACUGCCUUCUGUCUCUGGGACUCACAGGUUUGCACUAACUUUGUUUGCCGAGGCCAAAUCUAGGCCUGGCCAGACACACUGGACCUUAGCAGGAAAAGAGCUGAUGGUACACUAACAGAGGAGGGGAGGGGCGAUGGACUGGAACCACGUCUACCUUUUUGCCUUCAUUUCCUGUGUCUUUUUUCACUACAUGAUAAAUGGCUCAUUUAAUCCCACAGGCAGGUCCUGUGUUUGAGUUUAUACCGUGCUUACCAUUUUGGAUGCCCACUCUUCCGGCUAGCUAAUGCGUCACAAACCGCCCCAAAACGCAGUGGCUUACAACAGCACACACGUUUAUUCUGCUCACACACCUGUCUUUGGGCAGGGCUUGGCGGGGACAGCUCGUCUCUGCCCCACUCAGCGUCAGCUGAGGUUGUCUGGAGGCUCAGUCACGCAUAUGUCUGGCACCCGAUGCUGCCCAGCGGCUGGGGGCCUUGGUUCCUCUAAGGAAGUGGCAGGGGGACUCUCCCUGUGGGCGAGUUUGGGCUUCCUCACAGCAUGGUGGCUGCGUUGAAGGGUGAUCACCCCAAGAGGAAGAGAGGUUGCGGGGGCAGAGGAGACCGAGACCAUGGGGAACAGCCCUGCCCUUUCUGUAACCCAGCCUUAGAAGCUGUCACACAGCAUCACUUCUGCCAUAUUCUCCGGCGAGUUGACGGAGGCCCUUGCUCUCUUGCCCUCCCCACCCCCCUCAGCCCGACACACACAGCAGAGUCCGCUUCGGCUCAAGUCCUGUCUUUCGGGAAAGGAUUUUCUCUAUGGCUUCCUACCAUUCAUUGGAAAAUUCAUUAUUUGGGGGUCAGCAAGGCUGAAGCACCGUGAGCCUUGCAGAGUGUUUUCCUCUGUCUCUGAUCCUCUGCUCUACCCUGGGAGUCGUUUCUUAGCUGAGCUGGAAUCCGGCCCUGGCCACGGCAAGCCUGGAAGGGACUUGGCCGCUUUGCUGUCUACACUGAGAGCUGCCAGGUCGCCGUUGUUUUUCACUGGGGCACGGCUGGCUCGGUCAGAAGCCCUGAUUUGGGACAACUUGGCCCUCUGCUGGUGGCUGUGGGAGCUGUCUGUGCUCCAGUGCACCAGCCCUGAUGCCUGGUUCCUCAAACUCUCCUACUCUUCCCAGUAAGUGGGUGUUGGGGGUUGGGAGGGUCAGAGGGAUUCUGACCCCGCUGCCCCGCUGGCAACCCUCGCAGAAAGGUAGUGCCUUCCGCCUUGGUCCAGUGGCUAAGGGCAUCAGGCCUUGUAGCUGGGCCAUCACCCCUCAGGGUGUGCCUGCAUUUGUGGACCUUGUAGAGUCCACGGAACUCCCACUUGUGCAGCCACAGGAAGACAGUCUCCUUCUGAUCCAGGCAUCUACGGCACCCUUCAGCCAGGCGGGGUGGGCACAACUGUCCCCACUGCUUUUGGUCUGUUCAGAGGUGAUACAAUGAGGUCAGAGGCUGUAAUUAUUCAUAGUAACGACUUUAAAUGAUAGCUACCACUUAUUAAAUGAGUUGAUACACGUAAAGUGCUUAUCACAGCACAAGGGACACAGUAAGUGCUCAAUAAAUAUUAGCACGUAUUAUUACUUUGUGCCAAAGUGCUGAGCCCCUUCCCCCUACCAAGAGGGACCACGGUGUAGGGUCAAGCAUCUCAGACUCUAGAGCUAGACUGCUUGGGCUCAGUGUCCAGCUCACCACUCACUUGUGCAAAUUACUUCUCUGUGCCUCAGUCUCCUCAUGUGUAAAAUGGGCAUAAUCACAGUACCUUCUUCAUGGGGUUACAUGGAGAUUCAAUGAGCAAAAAUGCUGAGAACAAGAGCCUGGCAUCCAGUUCCCUACGUGUGGGCUGUCAUUAUUACACACAUCCGUGUGUUUCAUUCUCACCUCUGCCUGGAAUGUUUUCCCAGCUCUUCACAUGGCCUGCAGGACUCAGUUUAAAGGACAGCUCCUCAGGACGGUAGUAAAUGCAGACACCCCUCCCCCGGCCUAUCCCGUCACUAGUUUAUCUUUUUCACACUUAUUUGUUUUGUUGUCUGCUCUAGUCCUAGGAUGUGAGCUCCAAGAGUGCAGGUAACCUGUUUGUUCACUGCUGUGCGGAGGCACCCUGUGCACCCAGCAAGGGGCCUGCACAUAGUAAGGGCUCAAUAAAUGUUUGUGGAAUGAACGAAUAAUUCUCACCACAACUUUGCUUUCUUUAUUUGCUGUAUUCAUGCCACAAAUAUAUAGUGACAUCGUGGUGUACUCAAUAAAAUGCUCAAGGUCCCUGCUCUGCUAAA